AGGACCCACCCCCUCAAGGCCGCGGGGUUUGGUUGCACACAGGCUGCAGUUUCAGUUUGUUUUAUUCACCAUUUUGAGUAGCUGAAGGUAACAAAAUUAAGAAUAUUUGCGUUUGGAGGACAACUCACUGCCGUACUUUUAUUUUCACGCGCUAGCUCGGACGGUGGAGUUGUGCGCCGACCUCGCUCUCCUCGGUGUUUUCGCAGAGCGGGAAUCUAUAUUUCUUUUUUUCCCCCAGUGCUUUUUCUUCUCCCCCCCUUUUCUUACAUCCUUAACCUCUACAGUAUUCCUGCAAAAUGUCAAGACCAGUGAGGAACAGGAAAGUGGUGAACUACUCACAAUUCAACGAGUCUGAUGAUGCAGAUGAGGAGUAUGGUGAGAAUAAGCCUAAGAAGGUGCGUGCACCCCCUCGUGAGCCCAAGCACAAGCGCUCAAAGAACUCACAGGAUGACAGUGAGGAGUCUGAUGAUAAGCUCUCUAAACCCAAAAAUGAUUCAGCAGAGGACUUUGGCAGCGAUGAGGAAGACAAUGAAUUUGGAGAGGAGGAAGAUGGAGGAAGCGACUAUGAAGAAAAAAAAGGCAAAAAGGGAAAGAAAGCCAAGGUGGAGAAGCCAGCAACCAAGAGGGGGCCGAAGAGAAAACGGCCUGCAGAUGACAGUGACGAUGACAAGGAAGUGAGUCGAAAGCGCACAGUUCGGGAGGCGGCCUCCAAGGCGGUGUCCAAACAGAGGGAGAUCCUGCUGGGCGAUGGGGGCAGCGAGGAUGAGGAGCACGAAGACCAAGAGGAACCCUAUAUGGACCCUGACGAGUCCGGUAGCGAUGAGGACUUCAUGGUGGAGGAUGAUGAUGACAGCGACUACGGUCGCUCCAAGAAGAGAGGCAAGAAGGUGAUCCGACGGGGCCGGCCGGACAAGAAGGAGAAGAAAAGCCCCAAGCCCCGGCUAAAGGCCACAGUGACCCCCAGCCCAAUGAAAGGAAAGGGGAAGGGGCGCCCCAGCGCCAAGGCCCUGGAGAAGAGCUCACCCAAAGAGGAGGAAGAGGAGGACCCCGAGAGUCCCCUGGAGGAGGAAGAGGAGGAGGCCGAGAAGAAAGAGAGCUCCCCUGCCCCCAAGACGACAAAGGAGGCCGCAGGGGGAGACGAGGAGGAGGAAGACGAAGAGGAGGAGGAUGGCUCAGAAGAGGAGGCGCCCUCUGGGGAAGACUAGAAGAUGGUUCCCGCUGAAGCCCAUCCUCCUCUCUCUCUCUUUCUCUCGCUCUCUCUCUUCUCAAAGAUUUUGUUUUAUUUCUUUUGUUGCUCUGUGUUUAGAGUUUUUUUUUUUCUUUUCCUCUCCUGGUGGCCUGGCUCAAUGGUUUGGACUUGGUGUGCUUUUUCUUGUUUUGCCCCCCCCCCCAAAACCCAGACAUUGUGUCCAUGUGAUCAUACGGUGUAUGUAAAGGGUCACGACAUUCGGCCUUACCCCCCCACCCUCCUGUCUUAGUCAUUCCCGCCUUUCCAUGAGCUCAGUGCUAGUGGGCAUCCGUCCUGAAUGUGAACAAAUAAAAUUCACUCGUGUUUUUCCUUCUUUCUUCCUCUCUUUCUUUCUCUGGGAUUGUCUGUGCUCUGACGUGACUGUCCACAUACUUUUUUUAACCAUUGUACUUGACUGAUAUCUGCGAACGCUGGCGGUGUUGUUCAGAGUUCGUCAGUAUCAGUUACUGUGGCGCUGUAUUUUCAAAGCGACGUUGAGUCAACACACGCAGAGCUGAAGCCGUUACCCUCGACUUGGUACUGCUGUGGUUUUAAACCAGGAGCGUGUUUUAACAGGGCGGCGUUAGUCAGGUGGUAGUUUUAAAACCUCAGAACCGUUAAUCCAUUCAAAACAGCUUCUUUUAAUUAUAUGUUUGAAGUUGAUCCUGCUUGUUUCAGACUAUCUUGGUGCCCUGUUAAAGGUGUGUUAUGUGGACUGGCGCUGAGUGUUUCGCUACAUGCCGGACUGCCAAUUUCACCCAUUUCAAGGGCGCAUACG